AUGCCUCAGCUGCCGUACUUCGGCAUAUCGGCAUCGCUUGAAGGCGGAAUGUAUACAGAGAUGCAAGGGCAAUAUUUGGACGAAGCCUACGUGCAGAAGUGCCGUUUGAUGUGGUGGACCCUCUACGUGCUGGAGAGACAUAUGUCUACUCUCCUUGGGGUACCCAUGUUCAUCAACGAUGAAAACAUAUGUACGCCUUUCCCUGCCCGCCCCGAUCAGGGACAGAGGACAAGUGUCAUGCACAUCCAAGUGAAGUUGGCGCAAAUUCUCGGGCAAAUUCAUCGCAGUGUUUACGGCAUUGACGGGCAACUGGACAGUCGCUAUCUAAGCGCCACAAAAUCGCUACUUCAAAGCAUAGCUAAUGUGGCUGGCCAGCUCAAUGAGCUCUUUGAUAUCGAUUCCAGCGAGAACACAUCUGGCGUGUCGCGUGUAUCGGCACACCUUCAUCUCCAAUAUCACCAAUGCAUCGUGCUUACGACGAGGCCACUCCUAUUCAUCUUCUUACAGUCGAGACUCGGCCAGUCUCAUACGACCCCAUUACGUUGGGCGCAAUCUGAAAGUGUCAAAGGUCUUCUCCAAGUUUGCAUGGAGUCUUGUUGUCAGAGUAUCAAGAUUCUAUCGAGACUACUCAACCAAGGCCUGCUGGAAAGCUUCUUGACUUUUGAUCUUGAUGCGACGUUUACAGCAGCCAUUGCCAUAUCCAUGGGUGCCGCCAUUGAUCCCUCGCUGGUCCCAGACCAUGCUCAACUGACACAACGAGCCCAUGCUCUCUUCGAUGAGAUGAGUUCACAUGGAAGCAAAAUUGCGACGAUGAUUGCAUCAGAGCUGAAGCAACUCGACGGAUAUUUGAGCCACCUCCAAGUCGACGGCGCUGAGAUCCUGCCCGUUCAAGAUUUUCGCUCCGAUGUCAUGGCACAAAUGACCCCCGGCGGAACAUUAACUGGUGCUCCGGAAUUGGGCAUGGGGUUCACAGAUGACAUUGACUUUGGCUUACAUUUUGAGUUGAGCACUGAACAGCUCAUGCAGCUGGCUAAUUCAUUGGACGUCGAUAGCUUAAGUCGGCCUUUGUCAGCGGAUCAUCACGGAACGUAG